AUGGAGACCAGUGCCUUGGUGGCAGGCCCCUCCCUAGCUCCCCUGAGGUGGGGGAUAAAGGAGCCCUUCCCUCUCGGCCUUCGAGCACUUUCAUUUAUUGUGUCAAAGCCCCGGGUCCUCUUUCUGGUGGACGCUGUCCCUCCUAGGGGGAAGGGACCUGCCUUCUCCACUAGCAGCCGGGCAGCUCGCAGAUCAUACUUGUGUUCUUGCCACCUCUCUUACUCGGUGGAAAACUCACCCAGAGGGUCUGGGCCCCCUGCCCUUGGGUGUGAGUCCAAAGGACUGUAUUUGGGACCCUUGUCCUUGUCAUGGAGCAAGCUGGCCAUGAACAGGGUAGAGGGGACACCACAGAUUUCCUCCCCUCUCCUCCAUAGACAUAGAAGAGGAGACGGGAAGAGAUAA